AUGGGCCACGCCCUUUCUUGUCUCAUCUACCACGCUUUAGUCGAUUUCUUCACACUCAACUGGAGGCGUCAAACUGCGCAAGAUUCAGCAAGUCCCGAAAUAGAUGCCAAAGACCUGGGACAGCCAUUGAACCUGGGGUCUGAAAGCAAUACGAGUACCUGGAAUACGGAGAAUGAUCGAUGUCUGCAUGACCUCAAGGUGAAUCGUACAAAGAGUCGACGAUUUCCUUGGGGAAACGAAGUUGAAAAACUGUACCCACAAGCCUACAAAGUGGGAAGUCUCAUCUCUUCGUUCAAGACUGGAGCUCUGUUCUUUUGA